AUUACGCAUGCGUUUAAGUAUUCCGCCUCAUUUCCGGUUCAAAUCGAAGUGAAACUUCCUGAAAUUGUUUUCUGUUUACAUGACAGUUCAAAUAAAACGAUGGCACGAGAAUAUGAUCACUUGUUUAAACUGUUAAUUAUUGGAGACAGCGGAGUUGGGAAAAGCAGUCUUCUUCUGAGAUUUUCAGACAACACAUUUUCUGGUACAUACAUCACUACUAUAGGUGUGGAUUUCAAAAUAAGGACUAUAGACGUGAAUGGCGAGAAAGUAAAGUUGCAAAUUUGGGACACGGCAGGCCAAGAGAGAUUUAGAACUAUAACUUCCACAUACUACCGAGGCACCCAUGGCGUGGUAGUGGUCUAUGAUGUCUGCAGUGGGGAAUCCUUUGCCAAUGUGAAAAGAUGGCUUCAUGAAAUAGACACAAAUUGUGACGUUGUAAAUCGAAUACUAGUGGGUAACAAGGACGACGACCCUGACAGGAAAGUGGUUGUCACUUCUGAUGCACAGAAGUUUGCUGAUCAAAUGGGCAUACAGCUCUUUGAAACCAGUGCCAAAGAGAACAAAAAUGUGGAGGAGAUGUUUGUUUCAAUAACCAAGCUGGUCUUACAAACAAAAAAAGAGCAACAGAAAAAGGCUGCAGAGCAAACCACUCCAACCGACAGAAUACGACUAGACAGCCGAAGUAAAGCUAAAAAGCCAAAGGGGAAAUGUUGCUGAGACAGGGAAUUAUGUUGUUAGAUGCUGAAAAAGACUUGUAACAUCAGAUGCAAAGUGGCGAUGAGAUGAACAAAGACAGAAAUAUAAGUUUUUGGUCUUUACUUUGGAGAAAAAUGGGUUUGGGCUUUUGUUUCUAAAUGUUUCACCCUUUGAUAGUCUGAUAUGAGAUAAGAUUUUAACUUCAUUUGCUUUUUGUUUAAAUUUAUUUAAGAAUUGUGCAGCACUUUUUGUCAGUCUAAAGAUGUUCACAUUAAUAAUUUUUGCUAUCAAAAAACCCAAACUGUCUUGAGGAUUCAGGUAUUUUAGUCAUUGUUUUGCAAUUUUGUUUGAGGACCUGUACAUAAUAAGAAUUAAGUGUCUGGUAAGUGUUUUUUUAAUGUAUGUGCAGAUGUUAAUAUUGUUUUUGAAUUUACCUAAAUUGAUAAUAAUGUGUUUAUUUUUUACUCCUCUUAUCAAUAAAACUCUAAGCAAAAUCGCCAGCACAUGGGCAGAUUUUAGCCAUGUAUGAAUAAUGUUAUUUUUGUUACUAAUGAGCGCCCUAGGUAGAAUAUUUCAGUUAUUCAUUAACCUCCCAAUAGCAUAAGAAGACUUUAAACCACUACACCAUUGUUUCAUCCAGACAUUAGUAUUUUAUUUUAUAAAACAAAUAAUUAAAUGUUGCCUAGGCCUGUGAACAGCUACUGGCUGAAAACGAAUAAUGACCAACUUUCCUGGAAAAUUAAUAAUUUGAUUAGAAGGUUCCCAUAUUACUUCCAUAUAUCUAUUAUUUUUAUAUUAAAGGGUUCAUGGGAAGACAUUGAUUACAGGUUGAAGGAUCAUGUUACUUAGUAGAAGUUCACAAUUAGAUGUUUAUGUAUGUAAAAGUGGUGCCUUUUUUUUCAAAUAACUUUUUAAAACAAUUUUUUCUUAAGAAUUUCAAAUAGUGCAGACAGAUUUUUAUGCUACUUAUGGAAAUGUGAAAUUCAUCAGGAUCACUUAUCGGCACUUAAAUGCACUACAAAAAAAAUUUUCAUUUAUUUAAGAUAAUUGCAAGAAUAAAGUAUUUACUUCUGUAUUAACAUUCGGUACAGCCCUUGUGAAAACCCGUGUGAACCUUGUUGAUCCUGUCCCCUGAUAAGCAUUCAAUGGUUAGGUUGAAUCAGUUUGCAUAUAUUUCCUAUACGCAUAUAAUGCAUAAAUCUUGACUCGAUAUACUGUCUGUCUCGUAAAGAAAGCACGAUUUAUUUUGUUCAGAGCACCCACUGAACAGAUGUGUAUUUGUGGUGUUUUUUACAUGUGUAUACACAUAUGUUAACAACUUAAUGUUCAUUUCUGGAUGUAUUUGUUUUUUAGCCUUCAAAGCUGUUUUGCAUUACAUGUAUUAUUACUGAUUCGCUUGUGUAUUUUUAUCUGAGAUAACCAACAAACUUGCAUGUUCGCUUUUAUUAAUUCCAUAUAGACACAAUUCCAGCAGAACCUUUUUUUGUAUGCCCAGUCUCGAAAUAAUUUUUUGUUUGUUACGAAAAUGGUCGGAAUUUAUACAGAAGAACAACUUUUGCACAAUUAAUAUUUAUUUUUGAGGUUCAGCGUUUGAAAUAAGUGUUAAAUUAUUUAAUUUUAGGGUAAAAUGUUUGUAGAUAUCAUAUCUUAAAUAUGUAAUUUAUUAUGUGUGUGUUAUCCUUUGUGUACAUGUAGGUUGUAUGUUACAUUUAAUGAUUUUAUGUUGUAGCCAGUUAUUAAGUUCAGAAUAAGUUCAACAUUCUGCUCUAUAUCAGUUAUAAUGAUUUCCUUUUUAUGCCCCCCACUAUAGUAGUGGGGGACAUAUUGUUUUUGCCCUGUCUGUUGGUUGGUUGGUCUGUUGGUUGGUUUGCGCCAACUUUAACAUUUUGCAAUAACUUUUGCUAUAUUGAAUAUAGCAACUUGAUAUUUGGCAUGCAUGUGUAUCUCAUGGAGCUGCACAUUUUGAGUGGUGCAAGGUCAAGGUCAUCCUUCAAGGUCAGAGGUCAAAUAUAUGUAGCCAAAAUCGCUCAUUUUAUGAAUACUUUUGCAAUAUUGAUAUUUAGCAUGCAUGUGUAUCUCUUGGAGCUGCACAUUUUGAGUGGUGAAAGGUCAAAGUCAAGGUCAUCCUUCAAGGUCAGAGGUCAAAUAUAUGUGGCCCAAAUCGCUUAUUUAAUGAAUACUUUUGCAAUAUUGAAGAUAGCAACUUGAUAUCUGGCAUGCAUGUGGAACUUAUGGAGCUGCACAUUUUGAGUGGUGAAAGGUCAAGGUCAUCCUUCAAGGUCAGAGGUCAAAUGUAUGUGGCCCAAAUUGCUUAUUUUAUGAAUACUUUUGCAAUAUUGAAAAUAGCAACUUGAUAUUUGGCAUGCAUGUGUAUCUCAUGGAGCUGCACAUUGUGAGUGGUGAAACGUCAAGGUCAUCCUUCUAGGUCAAAUAUACGGGUCAAAAUUGCUCAUGUAAUGUAACUUCUGCAAUAUUGAAGCUAGCAAUUUUAUAGGGUCAAGGUCAUCCUUCAAGGUCAAACGUCAUAUAGGGGGACAUUGUGUUUCACAAACACAUCUUGUUAACUGGUUUUCGUUAACAAGAUAAUUCCUUUAAAGCAAAAACACAAUAAAAGCAGAAAGUGUUGUCUCCUAUAAGCCAAUGUGGUGCAUUUAACCAAGAUUUCCCAAAAUGUGGCAACAAAUAAAACUUAAACGCAUUUUUAUAUCAGGCAUUUGAAAGCUUCUGCAGAUCAUUGUUUAUAUGUCACAGACCAUGCACGGAACAUUCCAUUUUGAUACUUACAGGCAAAAACCUUUUAUUUGUUCAAUCAUUAUUAAAAUACCUUAUUAAUGCAGAUGAAAAAACAAUUUAAAUGAUCAAUAUUUCUUAUUUUUAACUUGUUAAGUGUGUGAACCAUCAAGGCACCUAUCUUAUUAAGUGUGUAAAUCAUCAAUGCACCAUACCUUUUUUCUUUUCAACCAUGGAAUUAUGUAACUACAAUUGAAUUAUGUAGCUUUAAUUCCUAAAUGUAUCUUGAAUGAAAUAUGUUGUAUUAUAUACAGUUUUUGUUUCUAUUGUUUGCAUGAUCUUUCAUGCAUCAUUCUGAGUGAUUGAUGGAUUAAAGUUGUCUUCCUGUUUGUUUUGCAUUUACAAUUAUGAAAUUUGGUCAUAAUGUUUAUCUUGAUGAAAUCUGGGUUGGGAUUGUAUUUGGGUCAUCUGGGGUCAAAAACUAGGUCACUAGGUCAAAAACUAGGUCACAUAAUAGGUCAAAUAAUAGAAAAACCUUGUGUAGACAAUAGAGGUCGCAGUUUUCAUCCAAUCUUUAUGAAAUUUGGCCAGAAUGUUUAUCUUGAUGAAAUCUGGGUUGGGAUUCUAUUUGGUUCAUCUGGAGUCAAAAACUUGGUCACUAGGUCAAAAUCUAGGUCAAAUUAUAGAAAAACCUUGUGUAGACAGUAGCGGUUACAGUUUUCAUCCAAUCUUUAUGAAAUUUGGUCAUAAUGUUUAUCUUGAUGAAAUCUGGGUUGGGAUUGUAUUUGGGUCAUCUGCGGUCAAAAACUAGGUCACAUAAUAGGUCAAAUAAUAGAAAAAUCUUGUGUAGACAAUAGAGGUCCUAGUUUUCAUCCAAUCUUUAUAAAGUUUGAGCAGAAUGUUUAUCUUGAUGGAAUCUGGGUUGGGAUUGUAUUUGGGUCACCAUGGGUCAAAAACUAGGUCACUAGGUCAAAUAAUAGAAAAACCUUGUGUAAACAAUAGAGGUCACAGUUUUCAUCUAAUCUUUAUGAAAUUUUGUCAGAAUGUUUAUCUUGAUGAAAUCUGGGUUCGGAUUGUAUUUGGUUUGUCAGGUGAGCGAUUGAGGGCCAUUAUGGCCCUCUUGUUUAAGAGAAAGUUUAUAUUUUGCGAUGCUUGUGAUUCUAAUUUAUUCUUAUUGAUAUUAGGUCUUUUAUCUUUGAAAAAGUGAAAGCUAUACAUGUAACAUUUAGAUUUUUGUUUGUGCAGUAAUUCAAAAUAUAUGGUACAGAGCAUUUGUUUAAAUGUACAUUUUGCAUUUAAAGUUGCUAUUUCAAUGACCAAUCUAUAACGUUGUGACAAAAACUAAGGAAUUGGGAUUUUGAAAUUAACUGUUAUGAUGUACUCUGUCUUUCCCCAUUUAAUCUGAGCAAAAACAUUUGAUAGAUGGCUCUCGCCAACAUCGUUUUCUGCAAAUGUGCUUUAGACAUUACGGAAUUUUGCAAUAUUUGUGUAUUUUGGCACAAAUAAUCAUUAUUAGUAGUACCAUAUGAGAGCGAAGCUCGAGCACGGUAUAAAAAUACUGAUGAUGCAUGAUGCAUGUCCCAUACACCAUCAGUUCCUAACUGUCUAACAAUUAUAUCUCAACCGAAUACUCUAUUACUUGGGGUGUAUGGAAAUUACUUGGGGUGUAUGGAAAUUACUUGGGGUGUAUGGAAAAUACACCAUGGGCACAUGAUCGCUCUAAGCCGAUUGGAUUAGGUAAUUUUUGUUGGAGAUGAGAUAUAUGAAGAUGACUUUUGCUAGAUUCAAGGUUUCAGUGGAUACUGACUUUUUACAUACCCGGUAUUCCUUUUAGGUUUUGAGUGAAGGUACUUGUUUGUGCCCAGCCAAUAGCUUUGUUUUGCACCAUGUAAUUUCCUAAUAAAUUGGCUCAAGUGGUCAUCAUACAAAGACAACAUGAAUCAUGCACCAACUAUGUUGCUCUCAUCAAGGUCAAGGUCACAGUGGAAAUAUGAAAUGAAUUCAUAUUCCUGUAUUGUCCAGUUGGAAUCGGUAUCCUCUUUCAAGCAUACAUUCUGUCCAGUCUCUCUUUUUUCACGAUAUACAAACAUGAGAUUUCUGGAGACUGGAUUCCCGUCAGUUAUUGGUACUGAUCAUACUUCUGAUUAAAAGUGGGUCAUUGAAAGCAAAUUGACACCUUCAAAACAUUCAAAACUUUUUUCUUGCACAUUAGACCAAGUUUCAAAUGCUUGCAUAUUAAAAACCUGUGCCAUUAAUUUAAGUUCUUGAAAAUUACACAAGCUGUAAAAAUUGAAAAUCAAUGUGUUGAUGCUUGUGAUGUUUACCAAUCAAUUGAAGUGCCAACGGAAUAAGCUACUUAAGUUUGUUUGUUUAGUUUGGUAUAGAAAACCGUAUUAAAUCUUAACUUUGGAAACUAAUUAAUAUAAAUUUAUAAACUUUUUGUCUUUAAAUUUGUAUUACAGCUGUUAUAUUAUUACGCUUAAAGCAAAUCCAGUUGACCCUCUAAGCAAAGACAUGUUAAAUAAAACUGAUCAAAGAGUCACAGAAUUGUUUGAAAUGAUUUUUGUUCAUAUUCAUUAUGUUAUGAUAUAACUUUUGUAUUGACAUAUGAAAUAACAUGAUUUAUUGUGUGUAUUGGAAAGUAAAUGGUCGAUAAUUAUAAAACAAUAAAAUAUGCUGAAAUUA